UGCCAAAGAUUCACUUUUUCUGGUCUUUUCUUCGUUUGCCGAGAGUAGAUGUUGUAGCUGCUUGAUUAAAAGUUUAAUCUUUUUCUUUUCUUGUUUCGGUGAUUUGACAUUAAUUUGUUCUAGAAUUAGUAAAUAUUCUGGUCUUUUCUUGGUUUUUGACGUUGAUUCCGACGCCACGAGUAGAACUUGCGUUAAAAUGAGGAGCUUAUCUAGUAGUUGUAGUUUAGCAGAUGCUCUUUUCUUUCCUCGCUUAUUCAGAGUUUGUUGUUUGUGGAUACUUAUUAGACCUUCUCUUCUUUUUUAAAUUCUUAAAAUUGCAACUUGUUUUCGCCCAUAUAGCGCUCGGAUCUAAGAGAAACCUUGGUGAGUUUAUGACAAAGAAUUCAGCUGCGGACUGAGGAUUUGGGAAAGAGAAAACUGUGUGUUCUUCGUAUCAAUUUGUUUGUCACGUGGAUUAAGCUUUUUUUUUUUAAGAAACAUAGGGGCAGAGAUCAUUUGAAGGUUGCUAUUUGAGUGAACCAAGCAUGGACCAUCUUUGUGAUUUCUGCACAGAGCAAAGAUCUGUAGUCUAUUGCCAGUCUGACGCAGCUUCCUUGUGCUUAUCGUGUGACCGAAAUGUUCAUUCCGCAAAUGCACUUUCUUUGCGACACUUGCGUACGCUUCUAUGCGACCAGUGCAUUGUCCAACCUGCUGUUGUAAGGUGCAUAGAAGAAAAUAAAUCGCUUUGUGGAAAUUGUGAUCGAAAAGUUCAUGGUGGAUUAGCCGUGGCUUCAGAACACAACAGACAUCUGAUCAACUGCUACUCAGGUUGUCCAUCAGCAGCAGAGUUUUCAAGAAUUUGGUCCUUCCUUGAGUUCCUUCAUAUGACAGACUCUGAUUACGAGCAAGGAUUCAUGAUUACCAAUGAGGACAGUGUUACCAAUUGUGGGGAACCUCGAGUUGAUAGUAGUGAUGCAAAUAUUGGCAACACCUGGAAAAUGAAUGAUAAGAUGACCAUUGAUAAAUGCAACCUCUGGAAGGGCUCAUCUUCAGCAUCUGAAAUUCCUAUGUGUUAUAGUGCUGAUCAACCACCUAAUCCUGUGAAUUCAACUACACCCAAGUCAUAUUGUCCUGAGACAAAUGAUACUGGAUUUAGUAAAGAUGACUUCGAUGAAGGUUUCACUAUUGGUGACGUGGACAUGAUAUUUGAGAAUUAUGAAGAACUCUUUGGUGCAGCUAAUAAGCAAACAAAGGAUCUGUUUGAUGAUGCUGGAAUUGAUAGUUUCUAUGACAGAAAGAAAAACUCUCCUGCCUGUUCCCUUUGCCAUGGUGAACUUGCUGCAGAGGCAUCAUCAGCUGGGCAGGUUAAACAAAUGCAAAUACCAUGCAGUGAUGCAGUAUCUGCUGAUUCUGUGAUGUCAAAUCCAGAAGAAGAUCCAGAUUGUAGCCCUGCUUUCCCAGAAUGCAAGGUUCAGUCAUCUCUCUCUUUUUCAUUCUCUGGUGUAACUGGGGAAAGCAAUGCUGGAGACUAUCAAAAUUGUAGAAAGUCAGAUAUGCUUCUAAUGGGUAAGCCUCCUUGGUACUUCGCUGGUUCAGGAAGCUUCUCAUUGCCUACGUCUAGCAGGGAAUGUGCUCUUAUGCGUUACAAGGAAAAGAAAAAAUCACGCAAAUUUGAGAAAAGGGUCAGGUAUGCUUUGCGCAAGGCCAGGGCAGAUAUUAGAAGGCGGGUGAAGGGGCGCUUUGUUAAGGCUGGUGAUGCAUAUGAUUACGAUCCACUCUCCCAUAUAAGCUGUUGAGCACAGCAAUAUUUCGCUUACUAUAUGAAGAAUGAUAAGCAAAGGAAUAAAGGCAAUGUGAUUGGUAAAUGAAUAUUCUUAAGUUGGAAUUACUAAUUCCAAUUGACGAAUUUUCUGUUGUAAGGUUGGCACAAUAACCUAGCCAAUCUUCUCCAUAUUUUCCUAUAAUUUUGAAGAACAGGUGCACUUGAUCAGCCCAUUCAGGUGUUCAGGAGCUGGUUUUUAUGUCCACUAAAAUAUCUUUAUCAUCACUCCUCCCCUUCGCCAACCCAAUCGAGGAUCAGUUUGUAUGUGAUGACUUCCCUAUGCCUUUGUUCUGGGGUUUGGCUUUUACGUCAGAUGUUUAAACACAUACCUCCUUUUUAAGGUGUUUUUUCAUGUAAGAUUUGUACAGCAUAAUGUCAGCCUCCUUGUAUCUAUUCACCUGUGCAAGAAAAAUAUAUAUGUAAGAAGAGGUUUGGAGGAAAUCUGAUACCUUUUCCUUGUAAAUAACUUAUAUAAGCUAUGAGUUGAGGUUGUUAAUCUUGUCUUUACUGUCUCACAACGAAGCUCCAAAAA